CAGCAAUUCUUGAUCCAAAUAACAAGCUGAUACUAUUUGAAAACAAAGAUAUAAGCAAAACACAAAAAGAUUAUUUUCAUCAGCAUCUUAAAAAAUCUUAUGACAUGUUUGUUGAUAAUGAUAAUUCUCUUAAAGAAUAUCUAAGUUUACCUAUCGAAGAA